AUGAAGUACUUCAGUUCAGUUUGGAAUUGGCUUACAAACGUUCUUAGCUGGCUUGGCCUUAGCAACAAGAAUGCCAAGAUGCUCCUUCUUGGUCUUGAUAAUGCCGGUAAAACAACACUUCUUCAGUGCCUCAAGACUGGAAACUUCCAGCAAUUCGAGCAGACAAAGACAUAUCAAAUUGUCGAUCUCACAAUCGAAGGCAUUCAUUUCUCUGCUUUCGAUCUUGGUGGCCACGAUAUUGCACGCCAAUCAUGGCAAGACUACUACGUCAACGCCAACGCUAUCGUUUUCAUGGUAGACGCUGCCGCUCCAGACAGAUUCGCAGAAGCUAAGACAGAACUUGACAAGCUUCUUUCUGAUGAAACUCUUAAGAAUGUUCCAUUCUUAAUUCUCGGUAACAAAGUUGAUAUUCCAACAGCUGUAUCUCCAGACCAGCUCGCUUCUUCUCUCGGAAUUUUCUCCCAGACAGAUUUGCAGGCUACAACAGUCCCAGCCGGACAACGCGCAAUUCGCAUCUUCAUGUGCUCUAUCAAGAAUAAGAGUGGCUAUGCUGAAGGCUUCAGAUGGCUCAGCAAGUUCAUUUAA